GUACGAUGGGACAAACAUCUCUGCAAUGGCUGAUCUUAAAAGCUCAAACUAACCUGAGGUCCAUUUCUCUUCAGUUCUGACCUCACUGCUGAGCAGCACAGCAAACCAAGCCUCUCUGACUGUGAGUCUCAGCAGCUCUCAGAUGUUUGAAGGACAGUCUGUCUAUCUGAGCUGUGAGGAGGACGACAGCUCUGCUGGAUGGACUCUGAGGAGGAACACAACCAGAGAAACCAGGACUCAGUGUGGAGAUGGCUGGGGAAACCCUGUUGGUUGUAUCUGUAUCAUCACCAUGUUCUCACGGGACAGUGGAGUUUACUGGUGUGAGUCCAGAGAGGGAGCAACCAGUAACAGCAUCACCAUCACUGUCACUGGUGGACCAGUGAUCCUGCAGAGUCCUGUCCUCCCUGUGAUGGAGGGAGAAGACCUCACUCUGACCUGUAAAACAUGGAAGUCCUCCAACCUCCCAGCUGGUUUCUAUAAAGAUGGCUCCUUCAUCAGGACUGAGCCUGCAGGUCACAUGACCAUCCACAAUGUUUCCAGGUCUGAUGAAGGCCUCUACAAGUGCAACAUCAGCAGUGUUGGAGAGUCUCCAUCCAGCUGGGUCUCUGUCACAGGUGAGGAGGUUACCUUUGAUUUCAGGAGUUCAUUCAUCCAGAUAUUCACCUGACAGCUGAUUCUCUCUACAGAGAAACCUACAACUACAGACCCACCAACCUCAGACCCCCUCCCCCUUGUGAUCAGACUGGUCUGCCACC